UGGCUCUGUUGCCGAAGGCCCUGUAGCUGGGGGUCGCUGGCCGCUUCCCGGUCGGCUCUUUCCUUCGGCCGGUGCUGGCCGCCAGCGAGCCUGGCCCAGCACACUCCGGAUGAGACUGCCGGGGCGUCUCUGUUCUCGCCGCCAUGCACGACGCCUUCGAGCCAGUGCCGAUCCUAGAAAAGCUGCCUCUGCAGAUCGACUGCCUGGCUGCCUGGGAGGAAUGGCUUCUUGUUGGAACCAAACAAGGACAUCUUCUUCUCUAUAGGAUUCGGAAGGAUGUUGGUUGCAACAGGUUUGAAGUGACGCUAGAGAAAUCCAAUAAGAACUUCUCCAAAAAGAUUCAGCAGAUCCAUGUGGUUUCCCAGUUUAAGAUUCUGGUCAGCUUGUUAGAAAAUAAUAUUUAUGUCCAUGACCUAUUGACAUUUCAACAAAUCACUACAGUUUCAAAGGCAAAAGGAGCAUCACUGUUCACCUGCGACCUCCAGCACACAGAGACUGGUGAGGAGGUGUUGAGGAUGUGUGUGGCUGUGAAAAAGAAGCUGCAGCUCUAUUUCUGGAAGGACAGGGAAUUUCAUGAAUUGCAGGGAGACUUCAGUGUACCAGAUGUGCCCAAGUCCAUGGCAUGGUGUGAAAAUUCUAUCUGUGUGGGUUUCAAGAGAGACUACUACCUAAUAAGGGUGGAUGGAAAGGGGUCCAUCAAAGAGCUCUUCCCAACAGGAAAACAGCUGGAGCCUUUAGUUGCACCUCUGGCAGAUGGAAAAGUGGCUGUGGGUCAGGAUGAUCUCACCGUGGUGCUCAAUGAGGAAGGGAUCUGCACACAGAAAUGUGCCCUCAACUGGACAGACAUACCAGUGGCAAUGGAGCACCAGCCUCCCUACAUCAUUGCAGUGUUGCCUCGAUAUGUGGAGAUCCGAACAUUUGAGCCAAGGCUUCUGGUCCAGAGCAUUGAAUUGCAAAGGCCCCGUUUCAUUACCUCGGGAGGAUCAAACAUUAUCUAUGUGGCCAGCAAUCAUUUUGUCUGGAGACUCAUUCCUGUCCCUAUGGCAACCCAAAUCCAACAGCUCCUCCAAGACAAGCAGUUUGAAUUGGCUCUGCAGCUCGCGGAAAUGAAAGAUGAUUCUGACAGUGAAAAGCAGCAACAGAUCCAUCACAUCAAGAACUUGUAUGCCUUCAACCUCUUCUGCCAGAAGCGUUUUGAUGAGUCCAUGCAGGUCUUUGCUAAGCUUGGCACAGAUCCUACCCACGUCAUGGGCCUGUACCCAGACCUGCUGCCCACCGACUACAGGAAGCAGCUGCAGUAUCCUAACCCGCUGCCCGUGCUCUCCGGGGCUGAACUGGAGAAGGCUCACUUAGCUCUGAUUGACUACCUAACACAGAAACGAAGCCAACUGGUAAAGAAGCUGAAUGACUCGGAUCACCAGUCUAGCACCUCCCCACUCAUGGAGGGCACUCCCACCAUCAAAUCCAAGAAGAAGCUGUUGCAAAUCAUUGACACCACGCUGCUCAAGUGCUACCUCCACACGAACGUGGCCCUGGUGGCCCCCUUACUGCGCCUGGAGAACAAUCACUGUCACAUCGAAGAGAGCGAGCAUGUGCUGAAGAAGGCUCACAAGUACAGUGAACUGAUAAUCCUGUACGAGAAGAAGGGGCUCCACGAGAAAGCUCUGCAGGUGCUGGUGGACCAGUCCAAGAAAGCUAACUCCCCUCUGAAAGGCCAUGAGCGGACUGUGCAGUACCUGCAACAUCUGGGCACAGAAAACCUGCAUUUGAUUUUUUCCUACUCCGUGUGGGUGCUGAGAGACUUCCCAGAGGAUGGCCUGAAGAUAUUUACAGAAGACCUCCCAGAGGUGGAGUCUCUACCACGAGAUCGCGUGCUCAGCUUCUUAGUAGAGAAUUUUAAGGGUCUGGCUAUUCCUUAUCUGGAACACGUCAUCCAUGUUUGGGAGGAGACGGGCUCUCGGUUCCACAACUGCCUGAUCCAGCUGUACUGUGAGAAGGUGCAAGGUCUGAUGAAGGAGUAUCUCCUGUCCUUCCCGGCAGGCAAAACUCCAGUCCCUGCUGGAGAGGAAGAGGGUGAGCUAGGAGAAUAUCGACGGAGGCUUCUUAUGUUCUUGGAAAUUUCUGGUUACUAUGAUCCAGGCCGGCUCAUCUGUGACUUUCCUUUUGAUGGCCUAUUGGAAGAACGUGCUCUCCUGCUGGGACGCAUGGGGAAGCAUGAGCAAGCUCUCUUCAUCUAUGUCCACAUCCUAAAGGAUACACGGAUGGCUGAGGAGUACUGCCACAAGCAUUAUGACCAAAACAAAGAUGGCAACAAAGAUGUGUAUCUGUCCCUGCUCCGGAUGUACCUGUCGCCACCCAGUGUUCACUGCCUGGGGCCAGUCAAGCUGGAACUGCUGGAGCCACAAGCCAACCUCCAGGCCGCCCUGCAGGUCCUCGAGCUGCACCACAGCAAAUUGGAUACCACCAAGGCCAUCAACCUUCUGCCAGCAAACACUCAGAUUAAUGAUAUACGCAUCUUUCUGGAAAAGGUCUUGGAAGAAAAUGCACAAAAGAAACGGUUCAAUCAAGUGCUCAAGAACCUUCUCCACGCAGAGUUCUUGAGGGUCCAGGAGGAGCGGAUUUUACACCAGCAGGUGAAGUGCAUCAUCACGGAGGAGAAGGUGUGCAUGGUGUGUAAGAAGAAGAUUGGGAACAGUGCUUUUGCAAGAUACCCCAACGGAGUGGUCGUGCACUACUUCUGUUCCAAAGAGGUAAACCCGGCUGAUACCUGAGCCCAGCGUGCCAAGGACUCAGCAGAUGGGACAGCUCGGCUAUCCAAGAGAGGGGAAGGAGCACUGGCCUUAGGAAUCGGGGGCCACUGCCACCACCAGGUGUCUCCCAUUUGGACACUACUGGCCGCCUUGUGCCCGGGAACAUCUCUGAAUUAAUCAGACUCAUGGUCUGGCGUUGCCAGCUUUUUAAUAGAAAAAGAUUAGUUACACCUUCUAUACCAUUAUGUUGCAGGCAAUUCUAGAGAAUUUAAUACGUGGUUGGACAGGAGGAGGUGGGGCAGGCCACCGUCUCGCCUUGCAUACCAGUCACCUAAUAAGGAAACUGUCUGAAGUGUUUGUAACCCCGGGGCUGUUUCUUCAGUGUUUUCUAUUAAGAAACCUGCAGGACUUUCCAGAGCCCUCAGCAUGGCCGAGUCCUGGGAGAGGAGAGCAGUGCUAGAGCUGCUCUCACUGCAGAGGCCUCGUGCCCUUGGCGAUGACAGUCACUGCCCCAUAGUUGCAGUCCCUGUGUCCCCCAGUGGUCUCCCCACUCGUCUCUUUAUUUUCAGUCUCCUUUUCUUUCUCACUAUUUAUUUUCUUCCCUUAUCUCGCCCCUCACUGCUCCACCUAGGCUUUCUCUCCCAUUUUCCUGACACUGGGAAUAACUAAUAUUUUAAGUAAGGUAAAGUGAGAAGCAAGAGGAAGCCUCAGUCCUAAGAAUACGUUGAUAAUUGGUUGUCAGGUGUGUUGUAAAUAGAUCUUCCUCGGACUGUAAGCCCUAUGCCUGGGAGCUUAGGAGAACGUCCCUCUCUGUCCCCUCGGGGCCGAGUGUGAGGGAGCCCUGAGGAUGGACUGCACUGGGUGUACGACCUCUCAGGCAGACAUCCACAGAGGCUCCUGCUCUGGUUCACCCAGCAGCCGCCCAGGGCAGGCUGGUUCAUCUCUGUGAGCAGAGUGCUUCGUGCUGUGGCGCCUUUCUCUUUGCAGCCAUGUUACCCACUACCUUACGGCUUAGACUGGCCGUGCUUCUCCAGUCUCUGGGCAGGAGUUGGACGAUUGUGCUGGGUGGAUCUCUGCAACACACGGGGAAUGAUCAGAUCAGGAGCUGACAGUGACGUGAUGACGUGCUUGUGAGGUGCUUGGGGACAGCCGGGGGUGUGGCAGGAGCAGCACUGGGUUGAUGAAAUAACUCACUGCCAAGUCUGUUGAGCAUUUGUGUGUGUGGGGACCCUGCCUCCCACAGGGCACUGGAGGUGCACAGGAGUGUCUAGCACUGCAGGCUGAGGAUACAUGAGAGAGUGGCCCUGCAUCCUGUCCUCCCUGGGGUUUUGCAGGCUCGCCAUCCUGUUGCCCCAGUGUCUUUAAUGGUAGUGAGUGAGGGUGGGUGACGGUGCCCAACACUGACACUGCUUUAGUGGCCUGUCCUUGACAUGCCAUGAUUUUUUAAAACUGCAGCACCGUGCUGUUUCGGGCCUGUGUUAUAGACUAGGCUCCUCCCAGGCACGCUCACUGUGGAGGGUCUGUGAGUGCCGUCAGCAUCACUCGCAGAGAUCAGGAUUCUGCUCAGCUUUGGAGGGCGAGGAGUCCUUCACAAGAGCCACGUCCCAACCGGCCACACCCCCCACAAGAAGCAGUGCUGCCCUGGGCGUCCUUUGCACAACCAGCUCCGACAAGCCUCCUCUGGGAGCAGCAGUACAAUCGUCAGGCCAGCCCUCCGCUGUGCAGCAGAAACUCGCCCCGCCAUGCGAACCCUCCCUCCUGGCCUGCUGUGUUUGUAUCUUCCAUUCCCACUACCUGUGUGGCACAUGUGUCUGAAGCAAUAGAAUGAAGUAUAUGUUUUUUCUUCCUUCUGGAAUAUGUAAAUGACCCAAUUUUUCCAAACUCCAUUCUUCCUUCCCUAGCCUCUCUCUGCCCUUGGAGGAGGGGUGGAGAAGGCUGGAAAUGAAAGCUCUGUAAUGAGGACUGAUGAGGAUCUCUCAUAAUAAACAUCAUGAUGUAAGAAACCAAGCCUGUUUGGGUCUCUUUU